AUGAAUUUUCUCUAUCUGUUCGGAGUUGUCGAACAAGCUGCAACAGUCGGAAGUGUUAAAGCUCAGUCAAGUCAAAGGGAUUCAUCACAGCGUUCCAAGUCGGAAUUUGGCCUUGCAGGAUCAGCCCUGAUCACCAGCAGAGAGGAUAUGUACACGUACACAGAGGAGCAGGUACGAUGCCCGAGGAAGCAGUGGGCGGGGCUAGUUGAGACUGCUGACAUGAUCGCCCUCCCUGACACCAAGGCUCGCAACGAAAGGGAUGCUGUCGAAUGUAAGGAAGAGGUUCCUGAAGCAGAGCCGCUGGAAGUCGCACAGGACGAAGUUGCAAGCCUGCAGAGUAUGAAGGAGACCUUUGGCUCCUCGGACAAUAGAAUGAAAUGA